AUGGCAAAGGGAAAAGUCUGCUUAGCUUACAGCGGUGGUCUGGACACGAGCUGUAUCCUGAGGUGGCUGCUUGACGAGGGAUAUGAGGUCGUUUGCUUCCUUGCGAACGUUGGACAAGAAGAGGAUUGGGGUGCGGUGGAGAAGAAGGCACUCAAGAUUGGGGCCAAAAAAAUGGUGAUUGAAGAUUUACAGAAAGAGUUUGUGGAAGAUUUGUGCUUUAGGGCUGUGCAGUGCAAUGCUCAGUACGAAGGACGUUACCUCCUUGGCACGUCGCUUGCACGUCCUGUGAUCGCGCGAUCUCUCAUGCGGGUGGCACAGCGUGAAGGCUGCGACUGCGUGAGCCAUGGUGCAACCGGUAAGGGCAACGAUCAAAUUCGCUUCGAGCUCGCUUUCUACGCGAUCCAGCCCUCCAUCAAGAUCAUCGCUCCAUGGAGAGAGAGCAAAUUCUUCAACAGAUUCCAGGGCCGCAACGAUCUGCUCGACUAUGCUGCAGAAACAGGUCUUCCAGUUACAUCCACUAAAGCGAAGCCGUGGUCAAUUGAUGCCAAUCUUGCCCACUGCAGCUAUGAAGCCGGCAUUUUGGAAGACCCGAAUCAGGAACCCCCAAAUGACAUGUGGAUCAUGACCGACGACCCUGUGAAAGCUCCUAACGAGCCUACCAACAUCACAAUCAGUUUCGAAAAGGGGAUUCCGACCAAGCUCGUCACGCCACAGGAGACGUUCACGGAUUCCGUACAGCUUUUCAAGGAGCUCAAUCGUAUUGGAAAAGUCCAUGGUAUCGGCAGAAUUGACAUUGUUGAGAAUAGGUUCAUCGGCUUGAAGUCUCGUGGAUGUUACGAUUCCCCAGCUAUGACCAUUCUUCGACUCGCUCACCUCGACCUUGAGGGAUUGGUUCUCGAUGCGCAAGUUAGGGCUCUUCGGGAUCAGUUCGUCACACAUAACUGGAGUACUUUUCUGUACAAUGGCAUGUACUUCUCUCCCGAACGUGCAUUUGUGGAAAACUCUUUAAUCUUCAGCCAAAAGAGCGUGAACGGUGAGGUCCGGUUGAGCUGCUACAAGGGAGCUGCAUAUGUCCUUGGUCGUAUCAGCAGCACCGAGAAGCUGUAUUCCGAGCAAGAGGCGUCAAUGGAUUCGUUGGAGAAUUUCAGUCCCGAGGAGACGACAGGGUUUAUCAAAAUCCAGUCCAUCAGGUUGAAGAAGUAUUCGGAAGAAUGGGCAGAGCGACAGUGA